AUGGAGCCAGAAUCUGGGGCCAAUGGAACAGCUGUUACUGAGUUCAUCCUGCUGGGUUUGGUGGAGACGCCAGGGCUACGACCAGUUGUCUUUGCACUCUUCCUCUUUGCCUACCUUGUCACAGUCGGGGGCAACCUCAGCAUCCUGGCAGCCAUCUUGGUGGAGCCCAAACUCCACACCCCCAUGUACUUCUUCCUGGGGAACCUGUCAGUGCUGGACAUUGGGUGCAUCACCGUCACCGUUCCCUCGAUGUUGGGUCGUCUCUUGUCCCACAAGCGCACAGUUCCCUAUGCAGCCUGCCUCUCACAGCUUUUCUUCUUCCACCUUCUGGUUGGGGUGGACUGCUUCUUGUUGACCGCCAUGGCCUAUGACCGAUUCUUGGCCAUCUGCCGACCCCUCACUUACAGCACCCGCAUGAGCCAGACGGUCCAGAGGAUACUGGUGGCUGUGUCCUGGGCUUGUGCCUUCUCAAAUGCACUGACCCACACUGUAGCCAUAUCCACACUCAACUUCUGUGGUCCCAAUGUGAUCAACCACUUCUACUGUGACCUCCCGCAGCUCUUCCAGCUCUCCUGCUCCAGCACCCAGCUCAACGAGCUGCUGCUCUUUGGUCUGGGUGUCCUCAUGGCAGGUGCACCUGUGAUUCUCAUUGUCACCUCCUACAUCCAUGUGGCAGCUGCAGUCCUGCGGAUCCACUCAUCUGAGGGCAGGAACAAAGCCUUCUCCACGUGUGGCUCCCACCUCACCGUGGUGGGCAUCUUCUAUGGCACAGGUGUCUUCAGCUACAUGUGGCUGGGCUCAGUGGAGGCUUCGGACAAGGACAAGGGGAUUGGCAUCCUCAACACCGUCAUCAAUCCCAUGCUGAACCCACUCAUCUACAGCCUCCGGAACCCCGAUGUGCAGGGCGCCCUAAGGAGGGUGCUCAUGGGGAAGCGAGCCUUUGCAUGAGGGAUGUCUCAAGAGGGUGAAACCAUAGCAAGUGUCCCUGUCCUUCCUAGAUCUUGAGCAAGCUGACUUUUGUUAGGAAGUGAGGCUUCUUGUUCCUCAAGGAGGUUCGAGCUGAUAAUAGAUGUGUAGGUUCUGUAGACCAGAACCCUUGACUAGUUGCCAUUUGGUCCUAGCUACCCCUCACACUCCAGAUGGAGAUGGAACCCAGGUAGUUCUAUAUUCUGGCAGGCUCAUGACUCUAUAGGAAGAACCUUUAGUUUUUUCCUGCUGGGGUUCCCCAAAGUACACAGCAGCA